UAUACAAUAGCUUUCAUGGCAUCACCAGCUGUUAUUUCCUCCCUGCUUUUCUACUCUUUUAUAGCUGCCUCUACUGUGGCUGCUAACUUCCACCGUGAUUUCGACAUCACAUGGGGAGAUGGUCGUGGUAAAAUUGUCAAUAAUGGAGAUGUUCUCACUCUCUCCCUUGAUAAAGCGUCUGGCUCUGGUUUCCAAUCCAAGAAUGAAUAUCUUUUUGGGAAGAUCGACAUGCAACUCAAGCUUGUCCCUGGGAACUCUGCAGGCAUUGUUACCGCCUAUUAUUUAUCUUCAAAAGGAUCAAAUUGGGAUGAGAUUGACUUUGAAUUCUUGGGAAACCUGAGUAGUGAUCCCUACAUCUUGCACACCAAUGUGUUUAGCCAGGGAAAAGGCAACAGGGAACAACAGUUCUAUCUAUGGUUCGACCCCACUGCAGAUUUCCACACUUACUCCAUCCUCUGGAAUCCCCAAAGAAUCAUCUUUUCUGUUGAUGGUACGCCGAUCAGAGAGUUCAAGAACUUGGAAUCAAUGGGAGUCCCAUUCCCCAAAGACCAGCCCAUGAGAAUAUACUCGAGUCUGUGGAACGCUGAUGACUGGGCAACAAGGGGUGGGGUGGUGAAGACAGAUUGGACACAAGCUCCUUUCACUGCUUCUUACAGGAACUUCAAUGCGAAUGCCUGCAUUUGGUCUACUGGAUCAUCUUCUUGCUCUUCAAAUUCCCCAGCUGCUUCAAAACCCAAUAAUGAAUGGCUUUCACAAGAUUUAGAUUCAUCAAAUCAGGAAAGGCUUCAAUGGGUGCAAAAGAAUUACAUGAUAUACAACUACUGCGCAGACACCAAGAGGUUCCCUCAAGGCUUGCCUACUGAAUGCAACACAGCCCAAAAAAAAUAUCGAUGUUUCAUUCUUAAUUCGACAUUCAGUCAAUUAUUUGAUUGUAAAAUGUUGAAAGUAUAA